AUGUUUAAUAUAAAACCUAUUCGCGGCCACCUCAAUAAAACUACAACAUCGGCUGCGGAUGAUAAAAAUACGACACACCAAGUUGAAUAUCGUCAAAGUGGUAAAGGUUUGGCAAUGAAAACUGAAAAUGAAAGCGAUGAGCAAAUACGACAAGCAGCAGAAGAUGAUGAAGUUAAAGAACCAAAAGAAGGUAAAACCUAUGUGGCUAUAUUGAAAAAUCAAGAACUAAUUGAGAUAUUAAUUGAAAUUAAUCCGAACGAUAUCAAUGAAAUUUUACAAAGUGUUAAAGACGCACAACCAUUGCCAUAA